CUUGGUGUGGUUUCGGUGGACUAUUCACCUGCUGACAGCUCUCUCUCUGCUCCUUGGGGAGGUGCGUGAACGGAUCUGUCCUGCCCAUCCCUGUUUGAUUUACUCUCUGUUGCUCUCCUUCGUGCCAUUCUCCCGGCGAUGGUUCCACUCUCUCACCCACACUUCCUCCUCGUCCUGAGGAUCGCUUGUCUGCUCAUCGUCACCGGUGUACAGGUCCGAGCACACGGGAAGAUGUUCGUACUCCGGCCAAAGAAUGGGAGCGCGCAGUGGGACGUGGCUGCGGCCCGAGGAUUGUGCGGAGAGCGGGGGGCGCGCCUGGCGACAGCUGAAGAGCUGCGGCGAGCGGUGGAGGAGUGCGCGUUCACAGAGUGUACCACGGGCUGGAUCGCAGGCAACCGGAUCGGGAUAACCAUAUGCAGUGACAUGGGGUUCAACCAACAGGACAUCCAAACCAUUCGAGUUAAAACUGAAGCAGCUUCUUCGCCUGGCCCAUAUGAUUCAUUCUGCAUUAAAGACCAAGGUAAGCCUUGUGGAGACCCUCCGUCCUUUCCCAAUACCAUUCUCCAGGGCCACACUGGAAUUGAAAUGGGUGAUGAGCUGCUCUAUGUCUGUGCCCAAGGUUAUGUCAUGGCCAACAGGGAGAAAGCCUUUAGCCUGCUGUGUGAUAGCUGUGGAGAAUGGUAUGGAUUUGUUCAAGCCUGUAUGAAAGGUGAAACUGAGGGACAUGUUGACUAUGAAGACAAGUUCCCUGAUGAAGACUCAAUGUCAUUUUCUGAUCUUAAUGAGCAAGGCAGAAUCAUUGUUUCGGAGAAUGGUGAGACAGGUAUGGGCGAUGAACUAGAUGAAGGUACUGAUGGAACAAUAGGACAGGAUGGCCAAGAAACACUUAAAUCAACUGAGUCACCAGUUUCAUUACUCAGCCAGAAGCAUCUAUUUUGGUUCCCUUCUGAAGUGUUUCCCAAUACUGAGCAGCCAGAUACCAAGGACCCAGAAAUGAAGUCCAAGCUCCAAAUUACUUCAAGUGAUAAUCAAAUUGGGGUGAAGACUGAUGCUAUCAAAGAAGUCCAAACAGCUCAAGGCAGUGAUUUACCUGCUGAACCAUCCAUUGUUUCAUCCAUAACUAAAGUUAUUGAGGAAACUAUUGCUAACACAGAUGAAACCUGGGUAGAUGGCUAUCCCAUUGCAUCAGAAAACACAGAGGAAGGUGAGAAGGUUGACAGAUCAAUGCAAGUAGAAGAUGAAACUAUUGCUACCACAGACCAUUCCAACCAUAUUGAGAUCAGCAGGGCUGAUUAUCCAACCACAACCUCUGCCAUUCACUACACACAGAUAAGCGUAUCAACUAGAUUGCCUGAUCAAGGAGUUAAACAAGUGGACAUUGGUCUAACACCAACUAAAGAACCCGAAAAUGUCAGUGCCAGUAAAGCUAAAGAUGUCAAUUUCUACACAACUACCUUCUUGAUAACAGGUGUUGAUGAGUCCUGGAAAUCCUCUGAUGAAAUGACUGAAUCUUCACCAUCUCUAGAAAACACUGGAGUCAGUGAAGGUUUACACCCUGCAGAUCAUGCCCCAAUCCCCACAGAAACAGAGGAGAUUUCAACCCAUAAUAUUGUGACUUUAAGCACACCUGCAGUUAGUACUCAGACUUUGAUUGAUUUUACAGAAGUAGACAUCAUUGACAUAUUUGCUAAAGGGAAGAAUUUCAGUGAUGGCACUGAGGCCAAACUGCUCCCCACUGUUGACAGUUGCACAGGAGACGAAUGUUUGCACUCAAAGAAAGGCCCCAUAAUUGCUGUCAUUGUAACACUGGUUGGCCUGCUGGUAUUAGCAGUGAUAUUGGCUGUAUGGUGCUACAAACGCAGACAUCAGAAAACUUCCAUAUACCAACUGAAUGGGAAGGGACAAGUGAGACGCACUGAGCACAUUGAGAUGCAGUACAAAGUGUAAUUUUAAAAAUUGCUUAUUGAGAAAAGUUCUGCAAUAAAAGUGGGGCUAUCAGAACUGACCCAACUUAAAAAUGGGAAGCAUUCCGAUACAGUAUGAGUUGUCUUAAUUCAAAGAUAUUUUCAAUACUUACUAUUAUAAAGAAAUAUGCUUAAAAUACAUGGAAUAAGCAUAAUGAACAAAUGAGUUUGAUUGGUUAAGCAGAGAAAAAAAAACACUGCUUCCACUGGAAGAAUGAUGGAUGUAUCAAUGACCUCUGAACAGGGACACCCUCUCGUUCAGUUGCCAUUUGACAUUAAAUUUGACUAGACAUCCUGGAGAAUCUUGUAAAAUUAAGGGUGGGAACUUUAGGUGACUCAUGUCAGAAUCAUGUAAAAGAUUUGUACAUAAUUGCUACUUAGGUUCUUUGUUAUAACAGUCUGCAUGUGUUUAACAAUCGUAAUCCAAAAUACUGCAAUUAAUUCAACUUAAUUUUGAGGAAACACAAUAUUUAUUCUACUCCUGCUGUAUUUAUUCUACUUUAAUACCUAACUGUCCUUUACAAAAUAGCUUCACACUGUUCUGUAUAAUGGCAAGAGUCAAAUCUCAUCUUUCAUAAAAUGAGGCCAUCUUAAAAAUAUAAAUACACACUCUCCAUAAAAGGUGAAAUUUUAUUUUAGUUUAUUGCACCCAGUUGUACAAAUUAUAUCCUUUUCUAAAGAUAAAAUAGGCACACAAUGGCUGUAGUGUAUAAAGAAAGAUUAAUACUGCCAAAUUAACAUGAUUCAUGUUUUUUUUGAAAAAAAAAACAGGAUUUACCACAAGAAUGUUGCUGUUCACAUCCAGACAUGAUGCAUUGAGAUACAAAAAAAAGAGAGUGAAGAUCAUAAUAUCGGGGCAGGGAGGAGAUGAAGGUGGGGAUGGAGGUGUGGGAUAAGUCCAGUCGAGUAAUUGUAAGGAAGCAGCAAAUGAUUGGCUGUCUAUAUCAUACUAUUUGUCAGUUUGCUUUAUAUCAAAUAUAAAUCUCAGUUAAAUAAAUUUAUUUCUUUUCUAUUUUUCAAGCAGUUUGGGUUAUACAUUAAAAACAUAGUUUUUGACCUGAAGUGAACAUGGAAAGAAUUUAAGGGCAGGCUUUGGGUUCUUUUUUGGUUGAGGUUGGUGCAAAUGACCAAACAAAGGUUAGUAUUGUGAUUUGCACUCCUAUACACCUUCAUGCGAUUUCAAAUGUAUCUGAUUUAGUUUCUUCUGAAAAGAGCUUUUUGGGGCCAGAAAGAUUACAGACAAUUCAUGUUAUCAAGACAGCAGUUGUUUUGUGAGAAUCUCUAAUCAUUCGGUGAGUUUACACUAUGUUAUUCAAUCCAUCAGUGACUGUGUAAAAGGGGUUGCUGUUUAAGGCAUGGCUCACAACCAAGUGUCCAGGCACAAGGCAGCUGCGCUGAAGGAUUAGUUGUGGGUUUUUCACAUUGACUCUCUACAAACAGCAUCAAGGGUCUAUAUUCAAACAUUAAUAAAUGAGUCAAUGUUUUCCCUGGCAUUGAGGCAGUGCAGCUAGUGGAAUCCUGAGGCAAAUACGAAACAAGUUUGGUUUAAGUCCUUGAUAUAGAAUCAUAAUCAGUAAACAUUUCUGAACUUUCCAAUCUGUAUACUUUUUAAAUCACAUGUUUAAACAAAAAUUAUACCAAAAAAUUCUUCUCCACAACUUGCAAAAAAUCCACAUAAUAUCUUUUUCUAAAUAUGAGAUUUCCCAUUAUUAUUAAAUGGGUUCCUGCCAAUUAGAUCAAACAGCACCUACAUGGUUUCCAUUCUCACUGGUAGUGCUAAAUUUAAUCCUGAUAGAUGUGAAGGAUAAUAAUGUGAACGCAUAUUAUUGACUGAUACCUCUAUUCAGUGUGAAUCCAUGAAGCAGAUUUUACUGCUUUCGAAAAUUCAGCUCCCCUACAGUUAAGAUCGACAUGAUCUUGGGGCUGAUUCAGGACGACAUUUAGCACUGAAACUAACCAAGUUGCACAGAAAUGGAAAGCAUGCCAGUUAAACCAACUACAUAUGGUAUGUAUGCCAAGUGUCUUUAAACGUCAUUUAGGUUUUGGAAGAAACCGGAUAAACAGUCUUUUUUUUUAAAAAAGAAUAUCAGUACAACCACAGAAAACAAAAACAACAGUCCAAUGAUCUGAGAUAGCAGCCUGGAAAAAUUUUGAAGAAGCUGUGAUGGUUUUCAUCUCUAGAAACUAUUUCUGAGCUAGAUUGGAGAAGAAAUGAAAAUGAACAUAAUGGAAGCUAAAUGUAUAAUUAGGCAACAGCUUAAAGCUAAAAAAUUUCUAUUAAGUAAUAAAAGGCACAUCUCCAAAUAAAAGAAAAUAGGGCUGCCACUCAGGCACAUAGAUGAACAAACAGAGGUUUAUAUUAAAAAAAACACUAAGACUUUAAGCUCAUAUGGGAAGAGUUCAGAAUUUGAGGAAAUUUUCCUGAGUUGAGGCAGCUGGAGACAUGGAUUCAUUUCAUUUUUUUAACCAACAGUCUUUACUGCAGACUCUGCUCCGUUGCUAAUAUUAACUGUCUGCUUCCUCCAGAAGAUCGUCAAUAUACUCCAAUACUUCAUCCUGGACAAAUGGAACAAACAUUAGUGUUCAGACCUCAGCCUGACUUACUUUCUAUAAUUCUAGGUUCAUUCAUUUUUAUCUGUACAAUAAAAUUUCUAAUAUACACACAACAAUGGGGCAACAAUUCCAGUUUUAUUCUUCUGAAAGACUUGCUUUGGUUUUAUAAUAACCAAAUGAUUAAAUAUAAAGAAAUAUGUUUGAUCUUGCAAUGGCAUUUAUUUUCAAUAAAGAAAAACAUACUAAUUGCUUGCUGUGCAGGACUGAAAAAUUACAAUUACAGUUCAGUGCUGAGUUUCAUCACUUCCCACUGAAAGUUUUUUGUAGUAACUUAAGACACUCAUUUGCCACCAUUCCAACAACUAUUUGGGACUGUAGUCUACAAUGCAAAUUUAUUACACACAUUUGCUUGUUUCAUUUUGCAUCGCAAUCGGAAUCCUUGAAAUAUUGUCAAAAAUCUGUGUACUGCUAUUAAAUGUUACAUGUUUGAA